AUGCCAACGGAGCAUUGGUCCGCCAAUCUCUCAGCUGGCCGGAGCAAGUGGGUGUUGAUUAGCCGGAAAAAGGGACAUCGUUGGCGGUGGUGGGGAGAGGCGGCAGCCGGUAGGGGUCGGAGAUCGGUGCCAUUAUUGGGAAAGGUCUCCAAAGCCAGCCUCCUCCCCCAAAACGACGACGUCCCCUCCCUCCGCCGCAGGAACAAGUCCCUAAUCCUCGCUUUCUUCACCCUAAUCUUCCUAUUAACGCUAAUCAUCGGCGGCAUAAUCAUCCACCUCGUGCCCAACCACUCCUCGCCCGACCCGAACCCGGCAGUCCAUGAAUUCUGUCGCCCGACCCGUCGCUACACAUCCUGCUUAACAGCCCUAGACCCCCUCCUCGCGACCCGACCCGACCUAACCCCGGACCAAGUCCUCGCGGUUUCUAUAGAAACAUCCCGGGUCAAGCUAGCCCGGAUCCCCACGCGAUGGGUCGAAUCAGGCGCGUCAUUCGACCCGGAUCUGGAAACACGGAGCUAUGAGCAGAUGGAGGAUCUGAUCCGGUGGGUUGCGGAUGCGGCGGAGGAUCUCGGGUCGUGCGCGGGCUAUAUGGGUCGGGCCGGAUCGACGGCUGCGAUUGGUUUGAUGGAUAUGGUUGGUGAGGUGGGGGAUUUGAUUGGGUACGGGAAGGAGUUUCUACUCAGCCGCGUGGUCGUGAACGGAGAUUUCGGUUUUGGUGCGGCGGCGCGUGAGGGCGUGAGCUGGUGGGAGCUGGUGAAAAGGUUCAAUCUGGUGGAAGCGGGUUUUUUUUGGAUCGCAGUAUUUUGUGUUGGUGUUUCUAUUUUGCUUGCUUGCGAGAGUUGGGUGAAAAGUCAUAUCCAAUUGCACCAAAAAUAA